AUGUUAUUAUUUCAUAUACUUGGUUUUAUAUACUUGAAAUUGUCCAGUUAUGGUCAAUUUUUCAGAUGUAUACCCGUGAAAGUCGCAAAAGCGGCCAACACAUGCCGUCCAGUUCACACAGAGGCCUUCGUAAGGCCAAUUAUCACGAAAAAUACGAGAUUCCAUGAUAAUUUCAGGAAUUCGUGCUCUAAAGUUGAGGAAUCUGAAAUAGAUCCGGAGUUCGAAUCCUGGAAAAGAGAUUUGGUAGAGAUUCCUGGGCCGUGGAAGGCAUUUCUGCCUGAUAGUCUGGAUAAGGCCAAAGCUAUCGAUCCUACCCCUGGGACUAGGCCACUGUUGCUAUUUUGUGACAUAUCUGGAAGGGUUACCGGACCGGAAACGAUAGACUCUCCCAAGGGAUCCUUCAUACUAGAUGCCAAAGAACUCAGAUUAGUAGACGAUGGAGAAAAUUUUAUCCAUUCCAGAAAAUUUGUGAUCAUACUUUUGAGUGGAAUCCAAUUUAGCAACCUCCGGCUGGUUAUGGCUGGGCGUAUCUUCUACUCCAAGAACCAUGUGAUCGAUAAAAUACAUGGAGCAGUAAAGCUUCGCUCUGCAUUUUGCGUUGGGCAAGCCUUCAUAGAAUCGUACGAUAAUGCGUAUGCCAAAGAGGCUCUAACAAGACUAGACAGGAAAGUCGUCACGUAUGACAAUUAUGGAAAUGAGACCGACCCACUAGAAUGGAAAUACCAAGAACUAGAAGCUGUAGGAUCACCAUUCAGAUGGAUGCAUGGCACAAAUGACUGGAAAUUACUAGGGCCAUUUACAUUAUACAAAUCCCUGGGAGGAAGGCCACCGCUGAAAGAAAGGAAACACUUAUUCUAUCCUUUCAAUCUAGAGGAAGUAUAUAACGUUGUCGACCCAUUUCAACUCAGCUGUAAAAAUCAUACAGCAAUACAAGACCUGGAAAAGGAAACCCAUGAUGUCAUAACCAGACUAUUCGAACCAACCGAAAAGCUCUCCAAUAUAACAAUAAAGGAUCCAAAAUAUCUCAAGGAACUCGAAAACGAGCUUAUUCAACUUGGAACUCAAGGACCAAGCUUUUACAAGAAUACCAUGGAGUAA